AUGAAAUCACUAUCCUGGGAAGAAAGGGGCAUACGUGUUGAUGGAAGAUUUCUUUCGAACAUUCGUUUCGCCGACGACAUCGUUCUUUUUUCGAGCAGUACCAAUGAAGCAGAAACGAUGCUCAACGAAUUGAACGAAGCAGGGAAGAGAAUAGGACUACGAAUAAACAGAAAGAAGACACAGUUCAUGAAGAACGCCCACUACGAGGACGGAGGAGUACAACUUGAAGGCUCCCACAUCGUGGAAACUCCGUCAUACGUAUACCUCGGACGUUCUAUGAACAUGGAAAACGAAUUGAAGGAAGAACUGAAUAGAAGAAUGAGAGCAGCAUUUGCAGCCGUCAGGGAAGCUACGGACCAACUGACGGACCAAGAUCUUCGUGCCCAUUUGUUCGACUCGACAGUCCUUCCAGCGCUCUGUUACGCAGCGGAGACGUGGACAGACAUCGCGGCCACGUCUACGAAGCUACUUAGUACCCACAGAGCCCUUGAGAGAUGUCUCCUGAAAUUUAACCGGCGCACACAACACCUUGCCGGUCUUCGCAGCUCCGACUUAAGAGGAAUAUCCCGUCUUUGCGACUCAGCGGAAUAUAUAUCGAAAGCGAAACAUAGAUGGGCCGGUCACAUCAUGAGAAGAAUCGACGAUAGAUGA